AAAAUACUAAUUAUUUUUCUUGUUUGAUAAAUGUUCUUUAAAAUAUAGUGUAAGAGAGGAAAACAUUUGCCUUCUACCCUUUUAGGAUCUUAGCUGGGGCCCCUAAAAGAAAAGUCAGAUUAACAAGAGAAAAACAAACAGAAAUGUGGUAACAUGUGUAUCUCAUGUAUACAUGGGAGAAGCUCAGACAGUAACUCAAAGAGGUAGCUAGAACUUGGGCUUAAAUGCCGUCUUCAGCUAAAGCAAAGGAAAAUGCAUGUGGGGAACAAGUCAUAGGGAGAUGACCAGGAAAAGUAUAGUAAAUGAGGGAAAGUUUGGUCACGCAGAUUUAAGUAAGUAUCUUCUCCACUGAGUAGGGUCUUUUGUGAUUUAGAGUCACCUUUCUCUAUCUGGCACGAGAAGGAGACAUCCAUAAGAAUGGAGGUUUCCCUUAUGAAUGCGCAUUACCCUUACAAAAGGCCAAUGCAUACUCUAUUUUCAGAGCUUGUCUUGUGUAUACUGUUUUUCAAAAUAAGCACUUCAAAAUAAUCUUUACGUUACAGAGCAUACCUUGUGGUGGCAUAUUCUGAUCUCCUAUAGUAGAUUCUCACAAAUUUCUCAUAUUUCCAGGGCUCUGAGAAAAGGAGGAGGACGCAGACUCUGCUCUUCAGAUCCACACGCUGAUCCCCACUACAACCAGUGACCUGAACUCGGAGUCUGAGUAGGACACGCAGGUGGCCCUGGUGACUGAGAUGACAUCCUCUCUAAAGAUCUGGGGCAUGCUCUUGGCCCUGCUUUACAUCCUUUGCAGGCUGUGUGUAUACAGUAAAGACGUUUACUGGAGAGAAUUCAUAAAACUUCAUUACUUAAGUCCAAGUAGAGAAUUCAAAAGGUACAAAUGUGAUGUCCUCAUGAGAGAAAAAGAAGCUCUGAAAGGCAAAAGGUCUCAUAUAUUCAUCUAUAGCUUAUGGUUCAAAAUUCAGCGUACAUGCAUCGAUGAGAAGGGGAGCAACCGAUAUAGAAAUGCAUAUGUAUGGGCCCCAGGUGCCCUUAAAGUACUCGAGUGUCACUGGGAGAAGUACAACAGGAGGUACAUAGAGAGCAGAAGCUUCAGCUACAUUGAAUUCCACUGUGGCAUAGAUGGAUAUGUUGAUAACAUAGAAGACCUGAAGAUUAUAGAACCUAUCAACAACUAGAAAGUCUAUGCACAUCCUCAGAUAUUGGUAGAGUAUUCAGUGCUUCCAAAGUGGUGGGCCCUGCCUCCAUCAAUAGCCCCAGCCACUCCCCACUUACAUUUAUGUGUCAGUGUUUUCCAAGUACUUAGAGUUUAUGUACCUUGCGAUUUCUUGAUACCAAAUCUUUGUGUGGUGUCUGUAUCUGUAAUACAAUUUUGUCCUAAUUUGCCUAAUUUACACCCACACUUUUUCCAAGAUUCAGCUCCUAUGGCAUCUAUCCUUGACUAACCUAAGAUUUUUCCUGAUAUUGACUCUCUUUAUACCUACCCAAGCUGAACAAACUUCUUUUUCUUAAAUAAAAUAUAUUAUUCUAA